AAGAAAAAAAAUCAUCAUCAUCAAAAAUCGAAAAAAAAAAAACAGAAAUACCCAUAUUAUAAUUCUUAGGUAAAUCAUUAAAAAUGUCAUUGUAACAAACACUAUAUUUCUUCUUCUCCUUCUAAUACUACCUAACUUUUACCUGUACAUUACACAGACCCAUCAAUUUAUCACUCAUUUUUUGUGUAUGAAUUCACACAAAUUUUGAGUUUUAUUCCUUAUUCUUUAUUUUUUUUGACCCAAAAAAAAAAGUUUUUUUUUUUUUUUUUAAUAGUUACAAUGGUUAAUAUUUGGAAGAAGUUGAAAAUUCUUAUGAAAUUUAAGCUCAAACUCAAGUCGAAGUCCAAGAAGAAGAAUCGAACCCCGGUUGAUAUAGUUCGCCGUGCUCGAGAAUUAUUGAUUCUUAUCAAUGAUACUACCAAUGUUGAUCAAGCAACUAAUUGGAAGGAAGAACUAGGUGAACUCUUUGCGGAUGUUAAAUCCAUCCUUUAUGGCACGAGUGAAGCUGAACCCGUCCCAGAAUCUUGUGCACAAGUAACACAAGAAUUCUUCAGAGAAGAUACUCUUCGUCUCCUUAUAUUUUGUCUUCGUAAACUUGACUUGGAGGCCCGAAAAGAUGCUACUCAAGUAGUUGCAAAUCUGCAAAGACAGCAGGUUCAUUCACGUCUAAUUGCAUGUGAUUACUUGGAAGCCAACAUUGAUCUUAUUGAUGUAUUGGUAUCAGGGUAUGAAGACCAUUUACUAGCUUUGCAUUAUGGUAAUAUGUUGAGGGAAUGUAUUCGUCAUCAAAGCAUUGCCAAAUAUGUGCUUGAAUCGCACUUGUGCAAGUUUUUUGAUUACAUACAACUUCCAGAUUUUGAUAUUUCAUCAGAUGCAGCUGCAACUUUCAAGGAGCUAUUAACAAGACAUAAAGCCACGGUCUCAGAAUUUUUGCUGAAUAACUAUGAUUGGUUUUUCAGAGAAUUCAACAUUAAGUUGCUGCAAUCCCCAAUUUAUAUUACAAGGCGUCAAUCUAUCAAGCUUUUGGGAGAUAUAUUGCUUGAUCGCUCAAAUUCUUCCAUAAUGGUGCGAUAUGUGAGCUCAAAAGAUAAUUUGAUGAUUCUUAUGAAUCUUCUCAGAGAAUCAAGUAAGCCCAUACAAUUGGAAGCAUUUCAUAUCUUUAAGUUAUUUGCAGCUAACAAGAACAAGUCGCCUGAUAUCACAACCAUAUUGAUAGCUAAUAGAAGCAAGCUUCUUCGAUUUUUUAGUAACUUUAAGUUGGAUAAAGAGGAUCAACAAUUUGAGGCUGACAAAGCUCAAGUGGUUAAGGAAAUAGCGGAAUUGACGCCAAGGGAGAUUCGAUGACAGGCUUAAGUUGAAGAAAAAUUCGGAAUUUUGCUACUAGGUGCUUAGGUUAAAGGAAGUUGUUACCUUCAUAUUUAUGUUCAACUUGUAUAUUUUGAAAGCUAUUUCUUCAUCUCUUGGUAAAGAGGCAGAAUUGUAAAUAAAACAUCAAAUCGAUUUCAUUUUUUGGCCUAAAUUUAAGUGAAAAUAUUUACUUGUAAGUUGUAACCAAAGUCAUUUGCAACAGAACUCAAUAACAAAUGUUGGGAAUGUAGUUCAAUAUGAUAUGAAGAGUAUCUCUUUCUUAUUUUCUAACCCAAGGACAUGAGAUAUAUAUUGUACGGAUUACAUGAUAAGCACAAAUAUUACUAAUUUUAAAAUGAUUUAACUUACUGCGGUAAAAAAGAGAUUACUCCACGAAUCUACAUUAACCAUCUAAAAAUCAAACUAAGAUAGUGGUGUAAAUUGACUUUAUUGUUGAGAUCUUCAUUUCUAAUUAAUUAGCAAAUCAAAUUUGUUCAUCUUUUGUAUUUAGAACCUAAAUUUUCUUCUGAAUUAGUUAGCAAUCACUUCAAACUUUCAAAGUCAGACUUUAGCAACUUUACUUGAGCUUCCCCUGCCAUCUCAUUUAAUCUACCCAGAUCAAUUCACGGAGUUUUACAGUUGCUGCAAUAAUUUUGGGGGUGAAUGAACUAAAAAAGGAGUAGAGAUGGUGAUGUGUUAUCCUUCAACGCCUGGUAAGCUGGCAGUGACUAUGGCAUGCUUUCUUGGUGGUAUUUCUUUAUUUGUUGUUGGUAUACAUUAUUCCUACAAGAAUGUUGCUCCACAGCAAGCUCGUACGAAAGCUCGAAGCGAAUUUGUUAGGGAGCAUCUUAGGAAGAAGCAUGGCUUUGGUGAGAAGAAAAAAUGAGGCAGAAUGCCUUUUGCUUAAUUUUCUAGUUCUGUGUUUUUCCCAUAUAAACAUGAUGAUUAUGUUGAUGAAUGGAAGCUUUACUUUUGAAGCAAGAGUCAAAAAUAAAAUUUUCGCAAUGUAAUCUUUGAUUGAAUUUUGAGUGGAAGUCGCAUUUGAAUACACAAUGUGAUUUAUUCACGAAGGUUUAGCUUUUUGAACUGAAGAUUUUGUUUCAACUUUACGUUCAUUUAUGUUUGCUGAUGGACGAGAAGUGGUGCUGUGGUUGUUGUAGAUUUCAAAUUGAUCCCACUAGUGACAUGAUUCGCAAUGUCGUUUUGGUUCUAUCAUUACAGUAGAAGUGGGAGAGGUGGGAAGAUUAGUGAUGCAGUUAUGAAUAAGUGUAACGAGGCUUCUCAAAUUGAACCUUGGUGUGCUAAACUAAAUGGUUAUUGAAGUUGGGUUUUAUGCAAUGAGCUGUACAUGCAAAGUUUCUGCUCUUUUGGGUUGAGUUCAUAUCUUCACAAGAUAUGUGGUUCGCUGAUCAAUUCUGAAAUGUUCAGAAUCAUAAAUAUUUUGAAGCAUCAAAUUAAAGGCAGUUUCAUAAGGGCUCAUUACUAAAAUGAAAUGCAUCAACAGAAAGAUUACUCACUGCGGAAGUGGAUUAUUUGCUUAUAUUUUUCUUUCAUAUUGGAAGCUCAAGGGAUAUCUAAGUGGCUAUCAGUUCCCGGAUUCAACCAAGAGGUCGGGAGAAGAAAUAUUUGGUGCUCUUAAGCGGUUCAAGUGCCUUGACAGAAUAGCACAGAAUGACAGAAAGUCAUAGAUGCAAUCUUUGUCUUGAACUCUUGAUAGAAGCUUUAAGAUUGUCGAAAAGCCAUUACUUUAGGUAUGGCUGAUAAAACCUACUUUCUUGUGAUAUUAGUGAAAAAAUAACUCAGAACACGGUUCUUGCUAGAAGCAGAUGGUUUGGGCUUUACAGCAUUAUGUUUUACCUUGUUAUGUAAUGAAAGAGAAAAUAUAGAAGAAAGCAUGAGGUAGUACCCUUGUUUUCCUUUCCUGUAUAUUAAUACAAGAGUGGAAAUACAAUCAUUUAUAUUCUGACU